AUGGCCGGCUACCUCGCCAACUUUGCCGCCCGCGGAGACCCCAACGGCCCGGGACUUCCCCGGUGGGAGCAGGCCACGGCCACUUCGGAGCAGGGCUUGCCAGGCAGUUGGAUGCAGCUGGGGCCGGAGGAGGCGUGCAUGGAGGAGCUCGGGCCCCUCUUCCGCGCCAGGGCAAUGCUGCUGGCCUCGGAGUACUUCGGGAGGCGCCUCCGCGCGGAGCUCCGCCGCGGCGAGCUCGCGGCGCCGGGGGGCGGCGAGGGCAGGAGGCGGUGCACCGCUCUGGUCGCAUGCCAGGAUGGCACGGGCGAGGCGCAGGAGGGCGGCGAGGGAAGCCCCGACAGGAAGAGGCGCUGCACAGCCUCGGGCGAGGCCGACGGGGAGAAGGUCUGCCCGGCGUUCGCGGAGCUGGGGCAGCCGGAGCAGCGGGUCGAGACGGAGAGGCGCUGGGGAGGACCUGCCUGA